UGCUGCCGCUUGGGAAGCAGCCGGCGGUGAACGCACGUGUUUUUAGUCGCACGGGAAAGUUACAGAAAGGAGAACCGUGUUUGGGAGCCGUGGGUGGGUGGCAUGAAAAAGAGGCAAAAAAAAAAAAAAAUCGCAUUUCCCUGCCGGUCUGGGUGAAUGUUUAAUCCCCCAGCGCGGAGAAAAAGCAGCUCAAAAGUGCUUUUUUUCUCAGCAAGUCUGAACCAGUCAGCCUGGUGCCUCCUCCCUCCGGCUCACACCCUUCCUCCCACCGCUCCGGAGGAAUAUCCCAGCCUGCUCCGAGGUGCAGCUGAGCACCCAGGGCAGGACGGAGCCAGGACAUAGCGGUGUCCGCGCCCACCGGGCUGGGAGAGGAGAGGGGCUGGGAAGUUUGUGUGCCCGGGGCGGCUCCCACGCUGCCGCUCGCCUGCGCGACUCCAGCGGUUGAAGUGCUCGGGAUGGGGUCCCCACACUGGAAAAGGCUCUGCCUUUUGCUCCUGGCAGGUUUAACAUCCUCUCUGCUCCUCUACACUCACUACUACACUACGGUGGAGUCGCCCACCAGCCAGAGGAUCAUAGCCAGCCUGCUGCAGCCGGAGCCGCUGGUCCUGGCCCCGUCGGGGACCCCACACCGCAGAUGGGCCCUUGGAGGCAGCUCGGAGAGUGGGAAUUCCUUCAAGCCUUCUGCAGAGCUGGAGGAGCCCAAGCCCAGCAGGCAGCAGCCCAGCACCUGCCUGCACUCAGUGAUGGCCAGAGCCAAGGCAGACCCCAAGUUUGGGGAGAUCUUCCGCUUCGACACCCCUGUGCUGAUGUGGGACCAGCACUUCACCCUGGCGACCUGGAACAGGCUGAGGACACGACAUGUCCCCUAUGGCUGGCAAGGCUUGUCCCUUGCAGUGGUGGGCAGCACCCUCCGGCUCCUCAACGCCUCCGCCAACAGGCACCUCUUCGACAGGGCCGCCCUCCCCGGGGGCUGUGUCCGCUGUGCCGUGGUGGGAAACGGUGGAAUCCUCAACGGCUCGCGGCAGGGCCAGGCCAUCGACGCACACGACCUGGUCUUCAGGAUCAACGGUGCCGUGAUCAAAGGCUUCGAGGAGGACGUGGGCACCAAGGUCUCCUUCUACGGCUUCACGGUGAACACCAUGAAGAACUCCCUCAUCGCCUACGAGGAGUACGGCUUCACCCGGAUCCCCCAGGCCAAGGACCUGAAGUACAUCUUCAUCCCCUCGGAUAUCCGGGACUACGUCAUGCUGAGAUCGGCCAUCCAGGGCAGCCCAGUGCCCGAGGGCUCGGACAAGGGGGAUGAGCCACAGAAGUAUUUUGGACCGGAGGCAUCUGCAGAGAAGUUCAAGUUGCUGCAUCCUGAUUUCUUGCAGUACCUGACAGCAAGGUUCCUGCGAUCAGAGAUCCUGAACACCCAGUACAGCUCCCUCUACAUGCCCAGCACAGGUGCCCUCAUGCUCCUCACGGCACUCCACACCUGCGACCAGGUCAGUGCCUACGGGUUCAUCACUGCCAACUAUGAGCAGUUCUCAGACCACUAUUAUGAGGUGGAGAAGAAACCUCUGGUGUUUUAUGCCAACCAUGACAUGAUGCUGGAGGCAGCGCUGUGGAGGAGCCUCCACCGGGCCGGGAUCAUCACCCUCUACCAGCGGUGAGGCCAGGAGGUUGCCCACAGGGGCAAGUCUGAGGACUCCUAUGGCUCUUCUGUUUCCCAAGGGCUCUCCUCAGCUGGUCGGCCAGCCCGUGGAGCAGACCUGCCACACUGCAGCUGGCAGUGGUGUGAGGGUAAGGGGGAAGCUGAAGCUGGUAGAGAAAUGUUGCCUUUCCUCAGGGAUCUCCUGAAAUGUUUCAAGGCUCAGUGUGAUUGAACGUGGCCUUUGGGGCAUCAAGAAGCACCACAGCACGUGGCUGUGACCUGCCAGCCCCAUGAACAUGGCUGUGGGGCAGCAGUGGCCCCUGUGGAGCCCAGGAGGGGCAGGAUGGUGCUGGAAGAGGAUGCUGGAGUUGCUGGAAAACACCUCGCCAUCAUGUUCCAGCUCAAAUGCUCAUCACCGUGGUGGCACAACAGGCAGGAUGCAUCUGUGGACUAGAGACCAGAUCGUCCAGCUGAUGAGAAGGUGGUGUGUUUGGAGAGCACCUCUCCUAGACUGCAGAAAGCCCCAGCUGCAGCCAGCUCUGUCGGUGUGUGCCACCUUCCAGAAGGAUCUGUUUGUCUCUGUGAUCAGCAGCACAGACAGGGGUGUGGCUGCCCUCUCCUGUGACAGACACACAGCGUGCCCCAUCACUGACCCCUUCUCUAGGUCUGGUGUUUUCAGACAAGGAAGGGUUUUAAAAGCCAUCAGCUAAGAGUAGGGUCACAGCAGCUCAGCUCAGCUGGGACACCAGGAAUGUGUCCGGCCCCUGAGCAGCCUGGAGGUGACACUGGACUGAAGCCACACGUGUGGCACUGAGUUUGUUGGGCCUUUCUUGCACAGGGACCCAGGGCUGUGGUGCCCUCUGAGUGCUUUGAGAGGCAGUCCCAUGCCAGGUGAGCCACAAGUGAUUAUCGCUGUUUUUAAUUUUCUCCCUAAAGCCCCCAGGGAGGUGAAGGUCCUGAACCAGCUCUGCUCAGGGAGACCCACUGGGGACACUCCUCCAGCUGCAGGGUGGAUACAGAGCAGUGUAAGCCAAGACACUUCUCCACUUUGUGUAAUUACAUAAAUGUUGAAUGGUUUUCUUUAAUGCCUAUUUCUGUUGUUUUGAUGAAGUGGGUGGGGGUGAGACCCCCCCCUCCCUCCCUCCUGCAGCAGAGCAGUAGCAGGUAGUAGAGUGAACCCUUGACUGGGGAACAGCUCCAGAAGCUGAUGGGGAUGGGGGCAGGUUUAAUCAUGAAGAUCUGGGCUGGCAGGGAGGCUCUGGUAGCUCAGAGCAUGGCCCUUUUCCACUUGGAAUGCUAUUUGUUGUAUGAGGUUGCUGUAUAGAGAUGGCAAAAGAUACCCUGGCCAUGAGCCAGGAAACCUCCAAAACCCCUCAAGCUCCCAAGCAGGCUGUUUCCAGCUGGUUCAGCUACAGAAGGUUAGGCUCCAAGCCUGCUUCAGAUGUAAUCUCUAGCUUGGGGCCCACCUUGUGUUCCCACGUCUCAAAUUAACCUUUGUUCCCAUCAGAGCCACCUCACACUGGUACCACAGCAGCCUGUUAGGCCUGUUUUGUGUUCACAAGCACUCAGCAAAAACCUCUUUCAUGACAAGAAUGAGCCUGAUCCUCACAUCACCUGCCCAAGACGCUCCAAAACCUCCUCAAACCAGCUCUGGCCAAACCUCAGGUGACAUCAGCAGCACCUUGAGACACAGGGCAGGAAGAGCAGGGUUUAGAGGGAAGUGCUGUCCCAGGGCAGCAUCCUGCCUGGAAUCAGCCAGCUCAUGGGCAGAGCUGAUUGUGCACAUCAGAACCACACCAUGCAUCUUCCUCUCCCUUCUCAAAAAAGGGAGGUUUCCCAGCCCAGGGUGGAACCUAACACUGGAGUUUUAAGGACUUACCAUCAGAUGAACCUAAUGACUCCACUACUGCCUCUCACACCGUUAUCUCUGAGCUCCCAAGCAGACCACAAGAACCGUUUCUGUUACCAGACCUGGCUUGGCCAUAAGGAGUUUUGUCCCCAGGAAUUGCUUUUCUUCAACUUUCAGCAUGUGCACACAACUGAAGUCUUUGGGUAUCAGGUUUGCUAGGAAGGGUAAGCUCACAACUGCUUGAAUUUCAGGAAGUGUUUCAAUCUAAAAUCCUUC